UCUCUCCAUAUUUUCUCUACUUUUGCUCAUAGAUUCCUAUGGCUCUCCAAAUCACCGACGAAGCCACCUCUUCUAUCACUCCCCAAUUCACCUAUGAUGUUUUCUUAAGUUUCAGAGGUGAAGACACCCGCUAUAAUUUUACAGGUCAUUUAUAUCAAGCUUUAUGUGAUAAGGGUUUUAACACCUUUAUCGAUAAUGAACUUCCAAGAGGAGAAGAAAUUUCAAUGGAACUUCUUAAAUCUAUUGAAUUGUCAAAGAGUUCGAUUGUUGUGUUCUCUGAAAAUUAUGCAUCUUCUGGUUGGUGCUUAGAUGAACUUGUAAAGAUUCUUGAGUGUAGGAUUAACGGACAGUUGGUUCUACCUGUAUUUGACAAAGUGGAUCCUUCUGAAAUACGUAAACAAAAAGGAAAGUUUGGAGUAGCACUAACUCAACAUGAAGAUAAUGUGGAGAAGGUUCAGAGGUGGAGGAGCGCUUUGACUAAAGCAACUGGCUUGUCUGGGUUGCAUUACAAGGAGGGUUGUAAUGAAUCUGAAACUCAAUUUAUCCAAAGAAUUAUUAGAGAGAUAUCAGUUACUAAAUUGAAUCACACUCAGUUAUUUGUUACUGAACACCCGGUUGGAAUAGAAUCUCGUGUGGAUGCUAUAGAAUCUCUUUUAGAUAUGAAGUCAAAUGAUGUUCGCAUGGUAGGGAUUUAUGGUCUUGGAGGAGUAGGUAAGACUACAAUUGCAAAGGCUGUUUAUAACAGAAUCACUAAUUGUUUUGAAUUGAGUUGCUUUCUAGAGGAUGUCAAAGAAAAGUCGAGUACAAAUGAUGACAUAAUCAAACUACAAGAGAUUCUUCUUUCUAAGAUCUUAGGGGGCACGUAUAUAAAGGUAGACAGUGUACCGGAAGGAAUUAUCAUGAUAAAGGAAAGGCUUUGUCGUACAAGACUUCUUUUAAUUCUUGACAAUGUGGUUGAGUCAGAAGUGAUGGUAAAUUUACUUGGAGAAUGUAAUUGGCUUGCUUUAGGAAGUAGAGUCAUUAUAACAACAAGAGACAAACAAGUGCUAAACACUCUUGGAAAAGAUCGUCUAAUUUAUGAGCUUAAGGAAUUAAAUCAAUCUGAAUCUCAUGAACUCUUCAACCUGCAUGCCUUCCCAAAAAUUGAACCUGAGAAAGAUUAUUCAGAAGUUUCAGAGAAAAUCAUACGUUAUGCCAAUGGCCUUCCAUUAGCUCUUAAAAUAAUAGGUUCUGAUUUGUGUGGAAAAAGUAUAUGUGAUUGGAAAAGUGCGUUAGAAAAGUAUAAAAACAUUCCUCACAAAAAAAUUGUGGAAAAGCUCAAAAUAAGUUAUGACGGACUUGAAAAGACCGAAAAGGAUAUUUUUUUGGAUAUUGCAUGUUUCUUUAAGGGAUUCAAUAGGAGUUAUGUUGAGAAUAUAUUAGAUGCUUGCAAAUCGUAUCCAGGUUAUGGAAUUGGAAAACUUAUUGAUAAGUAUCUCAUAACUGUUGGUCAAUUUGGCGAGUUGUGGACGCAUGACUUGCUUCAACAAAUGGGGAGAGAAAUUGUUCAGCAAGAAUCAGAAGAGCUAGGAGAACGUAGUAGGAUAUGGUGUUUUGAGGAUGCUGAAGAAAUACUAACUACAAAUAUGGGAUCAAGUAAAAUUCGGGGCAUUAUGUGUUGCUCACCUCAACUGAUCACGAUGCCAAUAGGAGCUAAAGCUUUUGAAAAGAUGAAAAAUCUCAAAUUUCUUAUAGUUCAUAAUGUACACAUUUGUGAAGAACUCGAAUAUCUCCCCAACGGGUUAACGUUGCUUCAAUGGCCUGAAUUUCCAUUUUCCUUGCCAUCAAACUAUUAUCCUCGACAACUUGUUGGACUUGAGAUGCCAUGUAGUCUUAUUAGAUUGGAGACAACAUUCAAAUUGGGAAUCGAGCUAAAAUAUUUAAAAUAUAUCAAUCUUGAAGGUUGUGAUUCCGUUACAGAAUUACCUAAGUUGUGUACUCCAAGCCUGGAAGAAUUGUUGCUUUGUGAUUGUGAAAAUUUAGCUAAGGUUCAUGAGUCACUUGGAUUUCUUGAUAAGCUUCAGAUAUGGGAUCUCACUGGUUGUAGAAAACUUCAAAUUCUUCCAAACUCUCUCAAUUUGAAAUCUUUAAAGCGUCUCGAUCUCAAGAACUGUAAGUCCAUUACAGAAUUACCCGAGUUGUGUACCCCAAGCCUAGAAGAAUUGGAUCUUAGUCAUUGUAAAAAUUUAGUUAAGGUUCAUGAGUCGGUUGGAAUUCUUGAUAAGCUCCGGAGAUGGGAACUCUACUAUUGUAAAAAACUUCAAAUUCUUCCAAACAACCUCAGGUUGAAAUCUCUUGAGGAGUUUGAUCUUACAAUCUGCUUAAGGCUUGAGAAGUUUUCUAAUAUUCAUCCAGAAAUGAAAUGUUUAAAGAGUUUAAAUUUAAGUGGGAGUGGUAUUCGAGAGUUGCCUUCAUCAAUCGAGUAUCUCACUGGGCUCGAACUCCUAGACUUAAGUUGUUGUAAAAACCUUAAAUUGAGACAGACAAACGAUUAUUUGGAUGGCUUUUCCAGAUGUGGGUUUUUGAAGUUGGAGUCCCUGAGUUUCGGGGGCAAUGAAAAUAUAAUUGAAUUAGAUUUUUUGAUGAAACCCGAGUACUUCCCCGUAUUGAAAAUUCUAGAUCUAUGUGCAACUAAUAUUGUUAGCAUCCCUGAAAGCUUAAGCAGAUUUGCUAGUUUAGAGUUCCUUUCUAUGCGAGAUUGCAAGCAGCUUCGGGAAAUUUCAAGGCUUCCCCAAUCUGUACGAGAUGUGGAUUUAAGUAAUUGCUAUUCGUUGAAUGCACAAUCAUCAAACAGAUUAUUGAAUCAGAUUGUAGAAUUUUUAGGGAUUUUACCAAAUGCUUGCAAGGGAACAAGAAGCAGGAUAUUAAUGGGCAUCGAUCCACAAACAUCAUCAAGCGAUAUAUUGGAUGAGAUUCAUCCCCAUCACUCGCCUUUUAUAGUUAUGCUACCAGGAACUGAGAUUCCAAAGCGGUUGAAGUUAAACCAUGAAAGCGAUGGAAAUGUCAUAUCAUUUUGGGUUGGUCGCAAAUUUCCAAAUAAUUUUUUUGUCUGUUUUUCUUUUGGACCGCUGAAAUAUCCAUGGAAAUCUCUUCGUUCUGUUUACCUUUCCAUCAAUGGUUGUGAAAUAGAGCAGCUCUUUUCAGAUUCUGCAUAUGAAUUAUCCGACCAUCUGUGGAUAGUUUCUUUUUCUAAUGAGAGAUUGCAGAACCAAUUGAAUAAGUCAAAACCAUCUGAACGAAAUUUCGUAAAGGUAAUAUGUGAAAGUUGGCGUUGGGAUGAGCGUUGGGAUGGGCGUUGGGAUGAGGGUUCGGAUGGGUUUGGAUUUGUUGUGGAGGAUUGGACUUGGUUUAUAAACCAUCCAAGUCGGUGGGGGGUCGGUGUAGAGUGCAUCUGUCAAUGGGCUUCCAACAAUGGAAGCCAGACAUCAAUGCCGACUGCCAACAAUGGAAGCCAGACGACCCCAAGAACACUAUCUGUCGGAGCUCAGAAGGCUUCGAAGGAAGAACUUCGGAGACUACUUCGGAUGGCUUCGAAUCCGAUUCCGACUCCGGAAACGGAGUUCUCGCCCAACCCUUCCAACUGCAACGCUUAUGUCCAGGGCUGUAUAUCCCAGGGCUUUCAAUCGCCCAUACAAUGGAGCAGAAGUUUCAGGCUUCCAAUCGCCCACCAUCAAAGAAGGCAAGAAAAUCUUGAUUGAACUUAGAUGCCAAGUAAUGAUGACAGAGCCACAACUUCAGCAUUGUUGGGUUGAUUUUUGUAGCUGUAGAUGAAAGUAAUUCCUCAUACAUAUGAGUUUCGUGCCCAAAAAUGAUCAUCCCGUUCCCUAGGAUCCUCUGUUCUGGUAUUUUGAUGACUUCAUACUUGAUGGAACUGGUGCAGAUGUAAGUCUUUUCUUUGGUAGGUGAUGUCCUUAUUUUGUACACGUUAGAAUGAAUCACUAUAUCUGCAGCUAUGAACAAGUCUUCUAUCACUUUGAAGACUAUAGCUCUGUAACCAUUUCAUGUCUCACCUACUUGCAAAUCCUUUGUGAAUAAAUUUAGGAUUACCUCUGAUUAAUUUAUUGUAGUAAUUUUCUACGGUUCUUUGGCAUUCUCUUACUUUUUUCACUUUGAGUUACUGUUAUAUACAAAUUCAAUUUUGAAUAUAUAUAUAUAUAUAUAUAUAUACACACAAAAUGUAUCACCUUGAGAACGUAUUAUUAGAAUGCCUUGUAGAGAAAAGUAAACAUUGUUAAUGAGCAAAUAGUUAUGCUUGGAUAUCCUGUACUGUAAAAAAGCUCUCUCUAAAUAGAAACUAACUUUUCAUUGAUUGAAAAAUGAUUACAAUGAAUGAAUAAAUGCCUAAAAAUCUGUACCUAUCCUUUUAUACACGAUUAUGUACAGAGAAAAACAAAAUAACUAACUCCCCUUAUUUCAAGGAGAUAGUUGUUACAAUCAAAAACACUCCUAGCUAUGACACGUGUACAUUAACUUGUAACUGUCAGUCCACUUGGCAUCAUUCCUUGUAUAGAAUGUAUAAUCUGAUCAUGAUAAGGAAUUGACUCCAACAAAUCUUCUAAGUCUUCAUUGCUCAGGCUUGCAACUCUGUCUUUCCUGUGGUGCACGCUGGGCUGCACCCUGAUGCUGCAACACAUGCUGAGCUGCAAAUCCCUGCAACUCCCCCUGACACUGAGUGCUAGUUUCAUGCUUGGACACUUGCUGCUGCAGAAGACACACAUCUGUUUCAGCAUUGCUUUUAAUAUGUACAAACAAUAUUCAUGACUAUAACUUUCUUAUAAAUAAAAAUACUGUGGAGAAGAGGUCACUUAUUACCAAUCAGUUAUAGCUCAUUUGGUACUUCCUCCUCCAAUAAUAAUGGAAUGGAGUGUGAGGUCAUGGUUUCAAUAGGAGAAAAGGAUGAACCUGAACUGCAGCUCCAAGAGCAACAACUUCAUUAGGAUUUACAGUCACAUUGGGCUCUUUUCCAGUCUUCUUCCUCACCAGUUCCUGAACAGCUGGGAUGCAAGUUGAAUCACCAACAAGGAUUACUUCGUCUAUAUCUUUGAAGGAAAGCUUUGCAUCACUCAAGGCAGUUUCAACUUGUCCUCUAAAGACAAGCAAGCUCUACGUCUCACUGAGAGUGCUGAGAAAGUGAAAAUGGAGCUGUCGUCUUUGACUCAGACCAAUAUUAGUUUAACUUUCAUUACCCCCACUGCAAAUGGCCCAAAACACAUUGACACUACUCUGACAAGGGUCAAGUUUGAAGAAUUGUGUUGAAAUUUAUUAGACAGGUAUGCCUUUUGACAAAUGCUAGUCUGUGGUUUUCCUCUAUGAAGUAUCAGUGUGUGUUUGAUUUCCAAAAAUCAGUUUUCUGUGUUUUGAUUCCGAAGGUUCUGUUUUUGCCAAUAUAUUCUCUGUUGAAAAUUAUAGUAUAGAAUGCAAAACUGUAAUUAGUAACUGCUAAUGGAUCAGAAAACAAAGAAUAUAAGUGAAAGCUCUGCUCAUUUGUCUUGUUCCAACAAGUAGAAAUAAACAUAUGAAGUGGACUAGCAAGAGAGAAGUCAAAAAUAUUUGAUGAACUCUGCCUCCAAUGACACUCCUCCCAUAAAAAUGGGCUGUGGGUGAGAUUUUUCAACAGUUGCUCAUGUAACUUACCAAUAACAAAAAAUUCCUAAAAGAGAUGUAACAAAGCAGUUGGCAUACCUGAAACAUCAAAGGUACCACCUCCAAGGUCAAAAACCAGAUUGGUCUCAUUGUUUUUCUUCUCAAACCCAUAGGCAAGCGAAGCAGCAGUGCGUUCAUUAAUAAUUUGCAGAACAUCUAACCCUGCAAUGUGGCCUGCAUCUUUGGUCGCCAUCCUUCACAAAUCAUUGGAGUACGCAGGCAUGUGAUCACUGUUUUGCUCACCUUAUCAUUCAGAAACUUGGAUGCAUCCUCCACAAGCUUCCUCAAGACCGGUGCAGAUAUUUCCUCUGCUGCAAACUGCUGGACUAUGGUUGGACACUCAAGCUUCACAUUGCCAUUCUCGUCAAACACAACCUUGGCAUAGUGGUACAGCUGCAGAAUUUAGGCACUAGUUUCUAGUUGGAAGAUGCAAGAACUGUGGUUUCACUUUCAAGUUUGAUUGGUGCCUUGGAUCCGCACAAUCAUUCCUAGAAUGUUCACUGAUGGGAUUUUCACCAUGUAUUGCAACCCAUGAUGUAUCUAUGCAAGCAUUGUUCAAUCUGAUACAGAGCUUCUUAAUGAUUUUGAAUGUUCCGCUGUUCUUAACCCCUUGCAGAAUCAGUUAAAGUUUUGAGCUUGUUCUAUACAACUUACAAAAAAAAAAAAAAAAAAUGCAUCUGGUGUUAUUACAAUUAUCUUUCAUAAGACAGGGCCAGGGCAGCUGAUAGUGCAGUGAGGUAAUUGCUUUAAAAAAUUACGCAAUGUGCAAGCAAUGCAUAUCUUGACAUCUAAGAAAGAUUAUCCAGCACCAUUGUUUUCUCCUUGAUAAGUGUCUCGGUGAACAUUUGCUUUUUUAGCCCGUGUGAAGCAUGAGUCUCAAAAAACUUGCAGCCAUCGGGCUCCCUCUUUGGUACACAUUCCCUGAAGAGCACCUAUCAAAGUUAAAAGAGUUGUAGAGAAAGUGGAAAAGCUGAAAUUGAAGUGCCUACAGUAUAUAGCAGCAAGUCAGUGGUAAAUAUUAUUUAUCAUUGAGAUUCCCAAGCUCGAUGAAUUGCUUAUUGAUUUAGUUGGGAAUUCAACUAGUGCAUCAAGGGCAUUUAAUUUGCUACAAAAAAUUCUAUGAUCCUGACUCUAUUCUAUAAGUAAAGUGACACAUACACAUAUCUCUCUCAUUCAAACUUUUUGCUGCAAAUUCAAGAAGGAAUAUAUUGCUGAACUUCAGAGCUAGGGGUCAACGUUGAUCAGUAAUUCCCGAGUAGAGCCACACUUCUUUGUUUUUUUUUUUUUUUUGGGGGGGGGGAGGAAAAAAGUAGAGCCAUACCUGACUCGUCCUGUACAGUGGAUCCUUGGGUGCUGGAAAUGACCAAUACUUUUCUUUUUGUAUUGAGGAGUUUGUUCAGAUGAAGAAAAUGUGAAUAUGUUCAACACCACAUAUGUUAGGUUUGCAAUUUGAAUGUUGUUGUUUGUGUCUAGGAUAUGCGAUUCUUUAAAUAUCUGUAAAAACAUGAAAUUCUUAAUCUUGUUAGUUUGUAUUUAUUUUUAUCA